GUUGAGCUGCAGAGCCUGACCUUCAACAUUCCUUUCGAAUUCCUCUGCAUACAGUUCAGACAAGGGUUGGUUUUGGGGUUGCUCUUGUGGGGUUUUAUUUCCCAUCGGAAACUCCCAAUUUCUUUAGAACUCCGUGUUUAGUCAGAUAUUUCAGUUUUGCAACACAAAGUUGGAGUUGAUCUCUUCCCUCAUAAAAACUGCUAGUUGGUAGUGGUCAACAGAAGUCUUGACAUAAACAUUAGCAAGGAAGGUUCUUGCUGAGACUCGCAUAGAAAAGCCCAAAGGAAAAAUUGGGAGAACUCGUUUCAGAAUGAAGCUACAAGAUGGAAGAAGUACAUUUAACUCAAACAAAUGCUGUCCCUUGACCAACAGACACAGGAAGAUUUUACUCCCAAUAACUACAGCUCCUGCGACAGGAAUCUGGCUCCUCCGAGCACAACUUCCUCUCCUGCUGCUGUUUGCUGGCCUGCAGAGACCCACGGCUGCAAUUAAAAUCAACUUUGACUUGGCACCAGAUUCCUUUGACGAUCAAUACCAAGGCUGCAGCCAACAGGUCAUGAAGGAGCUAAGUCAAGGGGAUUAUGUCGCAAAAGAAGUAGAAGCCCAGACAAAUUAUUACAAGAUCUGGAAUAAUGCCCAUUUAACCUGGCUGAACCGACCUAAAGCUCUCCCUAAGAACAUGACGAUCACACAUGCUGUGGCCAUCUUGGUGUACACAUUGAACAACAAUGUUCGCUCUGACUUCACUAGAGCCAUGGCCAGCGCUGCCAGGUCUCCAUGGCAGUAUAAACAUUCAUUCCAUUUCAAAUACCUACAUUACUACCUGACCUCAGCAAUCCAGCUGCUGAGGAAAGGCCUUGUCAUGAAGAAUGACUCUCUGUGCUACCAGGUGCAUCAUGAGGCCGAUUUCUACUUGAAAGCCUACAUAGGUGCCACCCUUCGAUUUGGCCAAUUCCUGUCCACCUCCCUCCUAAGAAAAGAGGCACAGGAGUCUGGGAACCAAACUCUAUUUACCAUACUUACCUGCCUGGGCGCACCUGUACAAGACUUCUCUCUCAGGGAGGAGGUUCUGGUCCCUCCCUAUGAGUUGUUUGAAGUUGUAAAUAUGAGCUACCAUCCAAGAGGAAAUUGGUUGCAAUUGAGGUCAACUGGAAAUCUGAGCACAUAUAACUGUCAGCUGCUAAAAGCUUCCAGCAAAAAGUGCAUCCCUGCUCCUGUAGUUAUUGCUGCUCUCUCCUUUUUGACCAUUGUCACCAUCUCUUUAAAAAGUGGAGUAUAGCCCUAACCGGUUUGGCUCAGUGGAUAGAGCGUCAGCCUGCAGACUCAAGGAUCCCAGGUUCAAUUCCAGUCAAGGGCAUGUACCUUGGUUGCAGGCACAUACCUAGUAGGGAGUGUGCAGGAGGCAG